AUGAAUGGAGAACAUAGUGAUGGACAAUUAUCAGAUACAUAUUUGGAUAAUAUUAUAAAACAACUUGAAAUAUCUGAUGGAUCACAAUCAACAUCAUGUGUUCGCUCGGUUUUUGUUCGAAAUGAUGCCGGAACAUUUUUAAGAAAACUUGACGAACGUAUUAAAUAUUAUGAUAAUGAAAUAGAAAAACUAUGUAAUUUUCAAUAUCAAAGUUUUGUUAAAUCAUUUCAUGAGUUAUUACAAGUACGAAAAGAUACAACAAGUAUGAAGAAUGAACUUGUGAAAAAUAAUCAAAUGAUGCAAGUAGCUGGACAAAGUUUAGCAAAGAAAACUGAAGCUUUAAUUAAAGAAUAUCAUCGACAGAGUAAUAUACAACAAACAAUUGAUGCACUAUCGCAAGCAUUUCCAGUUUUUGAAACAUAUCGAAAAUUACAAGAAUGUAUGGAAGAAAAAAAACUUUAUCCAGCAUUAAAAUUACUUGAACAAUUAGAAACAAAACAUCUUGUUCUUGUAAAAGAACAUCGUUGGUCAGAACUUAUUCAACAUAAUAUUGCAAAAUUUCGUAAUCAAAUUCGUAAUGAAUCACAUAAUGAAUUAAAAAAUUUUCUUGAAAAUGUUGCAACACAUGCAGAUAAAAUUGGAAAAAGUGCUUUUGCACAAGCAGCUACUCGUCUUGAUAUUGACAGACGUUAUUAUACAUCCGAAGAAGAUCGAAAAAAAGAUCAACAACAACCAGUUGAUGGAACAAUUGAUUCAGCUUUAAUAAAUAUGAAUAUAACUGAAUUAAUCGAUUUUUCUCCAAUUUAUAAAAGUCUUCAUAUAAAUUUAUUUCUUAAUUGUAAAGAAGAAUUUUCUAAACAUUAUCAACGUGAAAAAACAAAACAAGCGCCUGUUAUAAUGGAUGUCCCACCAAGAAUGCAUGAAUCAUUUGAUGCAUUUAAAAAAUAUUUACAACGUGUAACUGGUUUUUUUAUUGUUGAAGAUCAUGUUAUGAAUACAACUGAAGGUUUAAUUGAUCAAAGAUUUUAUUAUGAAUUAUGUGAACGUGCAACACAACAAUUAUUAGCUGUACUUCGACGUGCAGUGUCACAAUCAUACAAUCCUGAAUUAAUGCUUGAUAUGAAAAUAGUUGUUGUACUUUUUUGUGCUGCAAUUAAAGAAUCUGGUUUUCCAGUUACACCUUUAUUAGAUGUUUUAAUGGAAUUACGAGAAAGUUAUCAACAAUUAUUAUUAACACAAUGGAAUCAAAAAUUUAGUGAAAUUCUUACAAAAGAUAAUUAUACACCAAUGAUUAUUGAAGAUGAAACGAAAUAUCAAUUACUUCUAAGACAAUUUCCAUUGAGAAUUGAAGCAACUGAAAAGUUACCAUUUCCACGUUCAUUACCAUAUAGUGAAUCAGUACCAAAAAUAUUUUUAGAAAUUAAAGAUUUUGCUUCCAUAUGUGCGAAAUUUGCUAAAGGUCUCAACGUUAGUAAAACAGAAAUCGACGAUAUGAUUCGAAAACCUACAAAUUUAUUAUUAACUAAAACAUUAAAAAGUGCUCUAGUAGAAUUAACAGCAGCUGAAUCUGAAACUCAACUUAAUUUUUCACAACUUGUUCAAAUUUGUAUCAAUACAUUACAUUUAGAAAAUGCUAUGCCUUAUUUAGAAGAUUAUAUUAUUGCUUUAGUACAUGGUAGUGCAAGACAAAUUGGACUUCGAUUACAAGGUGCAUCCAUGCUUAAAGAUAUUCGCAGUCUUGUAGAAGAUCGUAUCUACGAUAAAUUAAAUGAUAAGAUCGAUCAAUGUUUAGAUAUUGCUUCAUACGAUUGGAUGAUGCAAGAAGCAUCUGGUGUUGCUAGUGAUUAUAUUACUACCACAAUACAAUUUCUUGAAAAUACAUUUCGUGCAUUUACACAUCUACCAACUCAAUUAUCUCAAACAACAUGUUUAUCAGCAUGUAAACAUAUAUCAGCAUCAUUAAUAAAUAUUAUUCUUAGUCCUGAUGUAAAAGCUUUAUCCUUUGGUGCACUUGAACAAAUGAGUCUUGAUUUAAUGCAAUGUGAAGUAUUCGCAUCAAAAAUUAAUAUUGCAAAUUUAGAUAGUGAAACAUUAUUACUUUGCUUUCAAGAUCUACGUCAAUUACUUGAUCUUGUUAUGGAUAAACAAUGGUCAGUUUUUUUUGAUCAAUAUGGUGAUCCAAAUUCACCGUUUGCACGUGUUCAUCCACAUACAGCUUUAAUUGUUGUCGAAAAAUUACGAGAAGGAUUAAAACGACCAUUAUUACGUAAAUUUAAUCAACCAGCAAUGGAAAAAGAAAAUAUUAAAUUAUUAGAAACAGUUGCAAGAGAUUUACGUGGUAUCAUUGCGGAAAGUUCUCAAGCAUAA